UAGGCCUGGGCCGAUACAUUUUUCUUGACGAUAGGUGGACAACGGACGUGACGAGGUUGGUAGAAGGUGGGGAUCGAACCAGGAACCCUCAGGUCGCUGGCACGGCCACUCUCUCCACCGCGCCAAGCCCUCUAAAAACCUCAAACAAGACGGCAGAAAUAUCCAAAAAUGCUUGUCCUAAUCCUGCUGCAACUCCUGAUCAUUGCAUCAGCAAAUGGCCAAAGCACGCCUAAGGCCACGACGACCAACGCUGCCCCGGCCGCCAGCAAAGGCGCAACUGGCAACGCGCCGACCACACCAGGCAACAAAGUGACCACACCCGGCAACAAAGUGACCACACCCGGCAACAAAGUGACCACACCCGGCAACAAAGUGACCACACCAGGCAACAAAGUGACCACACCCGGCAACAAAGUGACCACACCCGGCAACGCGGCGACCACGCCUGGCAAGGCGGCCACCACAGCUGGCAACAACGCGACGACAACUGGCGCUCAGGGGAACAACACGACGGCGUCGAGCGCCAACUCGCACACGUCGCUGAGUCACAUGGGCGGCGCAGUCAUGUGCCACCUGGGUGUGGCGCUCCUUAAAUACUACACCAUUUAAAAACGUAAUACACACCUACUGUAAUUUAUUUGAAAUACGAUGCAUGUUGAUAGACUGGAACACAUAUCUAGAUGAUACAGCGUGGUUUGAUAUUGUAAUAAUAAUAAUAACAAAAAUGAAUUAAAUAAUAUGAAUAUAAACAAAUCU